GAGAACUGGCAAAUUUUUGGAGAAGAAACGUAAAAUAUUAGGAUCGUGAGGCUGUCAGAAUCCUCACCCUGGGUAAAACAACAUCUGAGCCUGAGCGAUGGUACUAAAGUGUCCGCCAUGGAAGGACAGUGGGAGUUCUUCGUGUCCAGUGCAAAAGAUAAGGCAGACAGUCAUACUCAAGCAGCGAGGUUCUGGAACGGAAUGGACACGUUUUUUGGACUUUCUCUAAUUUUUUUGUCAGCAAGUACAACGGCAUUGGCGCUUCUUGAUGGAGUUCCAAAAGAAGUCGUCGCGGGAGUUGGAGCUGCAACAACAAUGGUAGCAGCCUCGGCGUCUUUUCUCAAAGCCGCUGACCGCCGAAAACUUCACGAAAAAACUGCGAGCAAAUUCCGAUCGUUGAUGAUUAAAAUGAUCAGCUGUGAAACUGAAAGUGAUUAUGAGAAAUAUUGGGCGGAUUUUAACCGAGAGAUUAUGGACGAACCUAUGGUGCCAAAGAAGUUUGCUAAAAAGUUCAAAAUGAGACUUAUCAUGACUCCUGAAUUACGAGAGGUUGUUGACGAAAAAGAAGAAGUAAUUGCCUUGCUAGAAAACAAGAAACUACAAGAACAAGAGGCAGUCGAAAAAGCAGCGGAAAGGCUGGCCGAAAAGUCGGAAAGCAGCAGUUCUCCAAAGAAAGAUAAAUGGCAAAGCAUCCUUGAAAUCCCAGAAAUUGCCACUAUGUCCCAGGCAAUGUUCAGAGACCGCUUAAAUCGCUCUGCCCAGGCCAACGUCUGAGAUAUGAGAAGCAGUUUCUACACUUCACAAUUUCAAAGUGAUUCUUUGUAUCGACUAGUAUUUCGAGU